AUGCGUAGCUCAUUCAUCGCUCUUUUCAUUCUCGCCGCUAUCGUCGGUACUCUUGCGGCUCCGCCCCCCCGAGUCGGCCCGUUUCCCAAUCCAAAUUUCCGCAUAGGCACCGUUAUACGGCGCAAGAACGACCCUCUAGAGCCCAAGGACUACGAAGACUUCACUGUAGAGCGCAAGACUGACCCUUUCGACCCCAAGGACUACGAAGACUUCACUGUAGAGCGCAGGGCCGCAACGCCAACGGAGGUAGCCUCACUAGAGAUGAGGGCCUCGGCCCAUCUUUGUAGGAUGGGUCUGCGCUCUGUGAACGGCGGCGAGGGUGGCAACGGGGGCAGCGGCGGCUCUGCUGUUGGUGGCGAUGGUGGCAAGGCAGCUGGUGGUGCGAACGGCAGCUCCGCCAAUGGUGGCAAUGGCGGCGGCUUCCCGACGCUUGACUUGGAUAUUAUUUCGGCGGACUAG